CAUCAAUCUCUUAGCCACUUAGGCCUAGGUCUAGAUUCUAGAUCUAGAUUUUUUUUUCUAGAUCUAGAUCUAGUUAGAAAGAGGACAAAACGAAAUGGAAGAUCAAUACCUUGAAGAUAAAAAUGAGCAGUCUCCACAUAUCAAAAUGUUGUUUCCACAAAAGUGCCCUACAGAUAGUGGUGAUGCUCCUGCCCAGGAUAAAGUAAUGGAUAGCGAGGAAACGAGCCAGCUAGAAUCUAAUGACAGCCGCACACAUCAACAGCUGACUAAAGAGCAGAUUGAAGAAAUGCUGGCUGAAAUACUGGCCAACAUCAAAGAAAAAAGAAGCCAAGAUCUUCAAAUUUUGGCCGACGUUAAGAAAGAAAUCAUGUCUCAGGCAGAGAAAGCGUGUGAGAUGAUAGAGAGAUAUACAUACCAUAUGCACGAGGUCAAAGGUAAAGCUUUAGAUGCUGAGGUCAACAAACUACUGGCCGUCCUUGAAAAAAUUAAGUCACUGGACAGCGAACUGGAGCAGUCAAAGUGCUCUUUAAAUAACUUAUGCCAGGAUAUUAAAAUACCUUAGUUGUCCACAGAAACUGGUGUAUACAUGGGCUCUUUGUUGUAAUCAAUUGUUUAUUUCAUC